GCCGCAUUUUUGCCUGUUUUCUGCUACAUCCAAAUCAUACAUUACUUUUCCUACCGCUUGAUUUUACCAGCAUAACCGAUGCCGUCUAAAAAGAAAGGUACAAAGCCUGCCAAGGCGAAGACGCCCACUUUGAUAAAUGGCCUUACCAUGGAGGAAAUGUCGAAGGAGCAGAUUGAAGAGCACUUUGCACACCUUCGAGAGGAAGUGGACAAAGAGAGGGAGGAGAGAAACUACUUCCAGCUUGAGAGGGAUAAGGUCGACACCUUUGGGGAAGUUGCUGACAGAAAACUAGAGAUAAUAAACUCUGAUAAGUUCAUAGAAGAUGAUGAGGAGCGUUUCCAAGAAGAGAUCAAAGUAUAUAAACUGAAGGUUAAACACCUCCUCUGUGAACAUGAAAACACAAGAUCUGAGCUGAAGGCAAACGGUUUAGUUACUGUUGAGCUGCAGCAGAAAGAGCAAGAUCAACUGGAAACGGAGCUUCUCAAGAAAAAGAGGGCGAUCGUGGUAGACAUGAAGGAGCUCAACAGUGAUGAACUUGUCCGGGAACUGGAAGUGAAAAGUGUUGAAGAAACAUCAAAUGCAAAGAACACCGCGGAGAGACUACUAACAGAAGUUGUAGCCAAAUAUGAGGAAAAGAUGAAAGUGCUGCAACAUGAUCUGGAGCAAUUCGGGAAAUAUGUGAGACUGGAGAAAGUGUCCCUAGAGGCCGGUCGCAUCCUCACCUUUAAAGAAGAACACCGUUGCACUUGGGAAAAUAGGAACAAGUAUACAUUGCCACCAUGGAGAUUUCUUCAAUUUGAGGUCCCCUUUAAGGAAGAAAUGUUUGAGGACGGGGACAUGCCUUCUGUUUUGCAAGAUACAGUUUCUGCUGAGCCUGUCACCAAAGCCAUGGAAGAUGUUGUGAAGAGAACAGAAUUCUCCCCAAACAAAAAGGACUCCAUUCUGAGCCACAAAAAAGACCUUGAAGACCGGAAAUUGGAAAAUGAACUCAUGGAACAGAAAUUCAGCAAGCUUCAGCUAGAGAGGGACGAACUGUUCAAUUCAUUCCCUCAGAAGAUUCAGAGCAUGCAAAAUGAGGCAGAGCUGAGGAACACAGUGCUGAAGAAGAAGCUGCAGGCCCUGACAGACACGCUGGAGAAGACCCGGGCUCAGCGUUCCUCUUUGCUCUUAGCUCCUACCCGGGACCACACUGACCUGCAGGGAUCCCAUCCUCACUAUUACAUGAUGCUCCUCCAGCAGGGAUCCCAUCCUCCCCGUCACAUUCAUAUAGGUCACUGGGCAGCUAAAGAAGUAAAAACAUUCGCUUUGGCUUUCGGCAGAGCUUAG